AUGGCGAGUGCCGGGAAUGAUAGAUUAAAGAAAGCAUCCCCUCCACCCAGUAAACCCACCCAUGGAACCAUCUGGAUUGCCAAGACAUACCCUCCUUGGCAGAAUACAGUGCUCACUACUCUGAACCAGCUUUAUAAGGCCCAUGGCAAUCAGUUCCCAGAGAACAAGGAGAUAGCUGCAGCAUUCGGCAACAAACCUGAGCUGAAGAAGUACAUGAAGAAAGUGAUGCCUUUUGUACAGCUGGUCAAGGAGGGCGUGGCACAGAAGGGAGUGGAAGCCAUGAAUUUGACCCUGGAUUUUGAUGAGAAGGCCGUGCUGGAGGCAAACCUGACCUAUCUAGUGUCCACUCUGGAGCUGGAAGGCCUGGAAGUGAAGUUUUCUACAGAGGCAAGUGAGAACAAGAUAAAGGAAGAGAACUGUCCAGGAAAACCGUUCCUGGUUUACUAUUCUCAGCCCUCAGUGGCCAUGACUUUGGUAAACCCCCAGCCAUGUAGCGGUCACUUUCAGAUGACCAUCCCCAUUCUGGACAAUGAUACAACUAGCAAGAUAGCACUUAGGGUAACCAAGAUGGACAGACUGAUUAAAGAUGCCAAAAAAGUGAAAAUAAUGAGGUACGAAGAUCCAAACCUAGGACCACGACAAAUACCUGUAAUGGACCAGCCAAUGAAAAAUAAAAUUGUAGUGCCUGACAAUGCCGUCUACAGGAUAAAUCUGGAAACACAGACUGUUAGUGUACAGGAGAAUGGGAAGACAGUGGAUGUCGGCUCACAGAUGGCUUAUAUGGUGGAUGAAUGAAAAUUUACUGCAAAUUAACUUCUUAAAUUAUUUUUGUGGAAAAAUGCGGCUCUCAAUUUUCGACAGGAAUUGUAAUGAAUUGACAUUGUGAAUAUAUUUAUUAAAGUUUACAGCUGGAUUGACUUAAUUAUGGUAGGAUUUUGAGUGUGCUAACUGCCUUACUUAUGCAAUUGCAUUUUUUCAGAAGUCGAUUCUCCAAUAGAAAAAAAACGAUUUACUGAAAGUUUAUACACUGUGCGACCUUUGAAAGCAUUAAAUUAAAAAAUAAAUUAUCUUUGUUUUAUUUAUAAAGCUGUUUAAACUGAACUGCAUUUUUUUAGG